AUGACAAUGGAAGGGUCGCACCAAAACCCAACAGUUCCGACCUCAGCUGCCCAUAUCAGUUUCAAUACUGACGAUUUCAAAUCACAGACACCAAACUUGGAUGAUCCAGUAGUAAUCUCGGUGCACAUGGGAGAGCUGACCGUAAAGAAAGUUCUGCUCGAUCCGGGAAGCAGUGCCGAUAUCCUAUUCUAUUCCACAUUAAAAAAGAUGCAGCUAAGCGACAAGGCAUUGCAACCAUCAGGAGGAGAAUUAGCAGGGUUCUCAGGAGAAAGAGCCCCUAUAUCAGGUUAUGUAUGGCUGAGGACAUUGGGAGAAUUCCCAAAUUCCAAAACACUAGACAUCCAGUUCUUGGUAGUCGAUUGUGUUAGUCCUUACAAUAUCAUCUUAGGACGCCCCUCCCUUAACUCCUUUGGAGUUAUUGUUUCUACCAUUCAUCUAUGUGUCAAGUUUCCUGUGCAAGAUAACACAGUAGCGACAGUCCACGCCGACCAUAAGGAAGCUAGACAAUGCUACAAAGCAAGCCUGAAGAAAAUCACAAAGGAGGCUAUCCCGAGAAUCCAUUAA